CAGUGCGUGGCAUGCGGAACCCUCUCCCUUCGCGCGACUCUCGGUGAACGCAAUGACGGGAGGCACCAGCAACUCCACGAUCCACUGCGAGGAUGGGUUGCUGUUGCCUUGCUGGCGGCCCCUCGACGAGGUGCUACUUCUGGAUAGGGUAGGGCGAGGGUUUGUUUACUUCUUCAUCCUGGCCUAUCUCUUCAUCGGCGUGUCUAUCAUCUCCGAUCGCUUCAUGGCAGCUAUCGAGGUCAUAACUUCCCAAGAACGAGAAGUGUCCGUCCGUAAACCGAAUGGUGAUACCCAAAUCGUAGUCGUCCGUGUUUGGAACGAAACGGUGGCCAAUUUGACCUUGAUGGCACUUGGUUCCUCCGCGCCAGAAAUCCUCCUCUCAAUCAUCGAAAUCUGGGCCAAGAAAUUCCAAGCUGGCGACUUAGGACCAAGCACCAUAGUAGGCUCAGCCGCCUAUAAUCUACUAGUCAUUAUAGCCAUAUGUGUGAGUGUCAUACCCAACGGUGAAGUAAGAAAGAUCAAACAUUUGGGAGUGUUCAUCGUCACUGCCACUUGGUCAGUCUUUGCGUACGUCUGGUUGUACCUCAUACUAGCCGUUUUCUCCCCUUCUGUUGUGGAAAUAUGGGAAGGGCUGUUGACUUUCUGCUUCUUUCCCGCGACGGUUCUAACAGCCUACAUGGCCGACAGAAAGCUGUACAAGUACAUCAAAAGAGACUAUAGAAUGAACAGAAGGGGCGUUAUAGUACAAGCUGAGGGGGAUAAUCUGGAGCUGGCAAACCCUGAUUUCUCAGGUCUAGAUGGAGACCACGAUGACUUGAAGCACGAGUAUAUCAUAACCUUGAAAGAACUGAGACAACAGCAUCCCCAAGCAGACUUGGGAGCCUUGGAAAGGAUGGCCCAUGAGAUGGUGCUCAAUAGAGGACCCAAAUCAAGAGCUUUCUACAGAAUUCAGGCAACGAGGAAGCUCAUGGGCAGCGGUGAUCUCCUUCGUAGAAUCUCAGAGCGAGCUCAGAGCGACUUGAGCGAAGUAAAGGCGGAAUUACAGAGAGAAUCCGGAAACGCUGAGUACAACCCUACAGGUUGCAAAGUAUUCUUCGAACCAGCCAAAUACACAGUGUUGGAGAACUGCGGACAGUUCGAAGUCACUGUGGCGAGGGAGGGAGAUCUGGACACAGCUGUUAGGGUGGAAUACACGACAGAAGAUGGUACAGCGACAGCCUACAGCGAUUACAUCCCAGCCAAAGGUUCCCUUCACUUCGAGCCUGGGGACAAGGAGAAACGGCUGACCCUGGAGGUGAUUGAUGACGAUGUCUUCGAGGCUGAUGAACAUUUUUACGUGAGGCUAUGUAGUGCGAAGCCUGCUGGUGCGUUGGGGUCUCCGAACCUGGCAACCGUGGUCAUCCUGGACGAUGACCAUGGUGGGCUCUUUCGUUUCGACCAGCAGAACCACGAGUUGGUCGAGAGUGUUGGGACUUACGAAUUGAAGGUGGUGAGGUGUUCUGGAGCCAGAGGCAGGGUGAUCCUUCCCUAUUGGACGGAGGAUGGUACAGCUAAAGCCGGCAAGGAUUACGAGAAGAUCGAGGGACAGGUCAUAUUCGAGAACAACGAGUCAGAAAAAACCAUCCUUCUGAACAUCAUCGAAGAAGAUAGGUACGAGAAAGAUGUUCUAAUGUACGUACAACUAGGAGAACCCCAGAUGUCAGGCGACGAUGAAACAGCUAGUCUGGCAGCCUCGGCCGAAAAGAAGAAACCGGAGGAGAGGACGGAACAGGAGAAGGUGGCAAUAAUGGGUCGACCCAGGCUCGGGGAUAUUUCCAGAGCACAAAUUAGAAUCAAGGAGAGCAAGGAAUUCAAGAAUACAGUGGACAAGCUGGUACAAAGAGCCAACGCCUCCAUUCUCAUAGGUACCUCUUCGUGGAAGGAGCAGUUCAUUGAAGCGAUGACAGUUAGUGCUAGCGAUGAAGAAGAUCAGAAAGAACCCUCCACUAUGGAUUACGUGUUGCACACCGUCACGCUCUUCUGGAAGCUCACAUUCGCCUUUGUUCCACCAACAGAUAUGUUCAAGGGGUAUCUGUGCUUCGUAGUGUCAAUUUUCUGCAUAGGUGUUGUAACUGCCAUUAUAGGGGAUGUUGCAUCACAUUUUGGUGCUACCCUUGGCAUCAAAGAUUCAGUGACUGCCAUAGUUUUUGUUGCCCUCGGGACAAGUAUACCUGAUACUUUUGCCAGUAAAGUAGCAGCAAUCCAUGACAAACAUGCAGACGCCAGUGUUGGAAACGUGACGGGCAGCAAUGCUGUCAAUGUUUUUCUUGGAAUCGGUGUAGCAUGGUCAAUAGCCGCCAUUUACCAUUACUGCAAAGGUGGCGCCUUCAUAGUACCUCCAGGAAACCUGGCGUUCUCAGUAACCUUGUUCUGCACAGAGGCUCUCAUCACCAUCAUGGUCCUCCUCCUGCGUCGGUCUAAAUUGGUUGGGGGAGAACUUGGGGGCCCGACCGCCAUCAAAUACGCCACAUCAGGCUUUCUUGUAUUUUUAUGGUUAUUCUACUUGGUUAUGUCCACGUUGGAAGUGUACGACGUUAUUGAAGGGUUCUAAGAGGGAGAAAGGGGAUGAUAUGGUGUUCGGGAAGGAUUAUGAAAUAAUGUUGCGUCUUUCUUAUUGCGUUCAUUAACAGAGGGAUGCUCAAAAAUACCAAGAAAGAACCUAUCGACAUAAUAUUCUUACAUAUAAGUUCGAUCGUCUAACGAAAUAGAACAGCGUUCUGAAUUCACAAUUCCAAAGGAAAAAAAAUAUCAUCGGUGUGUUCAAAGUAUGAUUCAUACCCAUAACAAUUCAAUAGAAUCGAUUUUCUGGCUGAAAUAAAUUGUCAAAAAAAAUUAUUCGAAAUAUGUGGUACAGUGUGUUACGCGUAAGCGCGCUUCUUAUUCAUUGAAGAAAAUUAAAAAGUGAACCAUCAGAAAUAUAGUAUUUUUCAAGGGCUAACCGAAUGUGCUAUAAAAAAUAAUCGAACGAAUAAACCAUUAUUACGGAAAAACUAUUUUUAGAAAAAAAUUAAAUUUGUAAAGUUUACUGUUUUUCAAAAUUAAAUGGUAUAGAGACCAUUUCUGACCAUUUUUUUAUAUUUUAACUAAUUUUUCGCACAAUAUACCCAGAAGAAAUGAUCUUAUAUUUUCUGAACGUUCACUUAAUUCUGAAUUCUAAUAUAUAAAUAUAAGGAUAAUUUUCUUAAUUCAUUUCAAUUCAUUUCAUUCAAGAAACCCCCCGAGGAAAUAAAAUCACUAUUACGAAAAUAUAUUAAUGUUUUCUGUAUGGUUCUAUGAAUAUUUGAGGUCAAAUAUCAAAUCUUAUAUAUUUUUUUACUUUUUACAUUAAUUUUUUAUUGAACCAUGGACAACAUAUAUUUUUCGCAUUUCGAUUUUAAAUUUCCUCAAGGCAAUUUUCAAUGAAAUUGCUUGAAAUAAACAGCACCACAAUAUCUAUAUAUUUGAAUCGAAUUGGGAAUUGAUGAUGGAACAUUCAGAAAAUAUUAGCUAAUUGACAAAAUUUUCCUAAAUACAUAGGUAUAUAUGUAUUGUGCAAAAAAAAAAUUGUCGCUUUUGCAAAAAAUGAAGGUUGAAAUGAGAAAAUCAAUACAGACAGAAAUUUUCUGUACCUACAUGUUGAAAAGGCAGUCAAAUCUGCAAAACAAAUACUCUAAUGGUUCUUCCGUAAUAACUUUCUAUGCCCACGUCCGAUAUAGUUUUUUGAUAGCCUCUUGAAAAAUACUAUCAUGAUAAUGGUUCACAUCUUAAUUUUGCUCAAUCUUUACCUUAGUCACAACAUCUAGUGGCUUACUUGAAACACAAUAUGCGACCCGUGAACUCAAAAUUAUGUUUACAGGAUAUUCUGAUGAUUGAGCACAAAGACAUAAUGAAUCAGAUUUUGUUCCACUUCUCGCUUCUCUGAAAAUAACAGCAAUUUUAUUUAUAUUUUAUAUUGUUCAUUUAUAUAAAGGUAUCGAUGAUUUUCAAUAUUAAGCAAUCAAAAUAAAAUCUCACUGAUGCAACAAGUAAAUCCUUCCUGGACUGCCAAAAUAUACUCAACGAUAUAGGUAAUCAUUUCACCAGAUCGACUGAUUUUCAUUUUUAGUUCACCAUCGAACUAUUAAUUUUACAAGUUAUACUUAGAUCAUAGCAUUAAAAAAUGUAUUAUAUUUUUUCAUAGAUUGUUAUCACUAAUCAUGUUCAUGUUGAAUGUAACUUAUGAUUAAAGAUUACUACUGUUAAUGCUGAUUUCAGAAAAAUAUCCAGGGUGUUCCUAAAUUGGAGGUGCGAACGAAGUGGGGAGAUUCCUUGAGUAAUUUUAAGAAAAAAAAUUCCCAUAAAUAUCGCAAACGUUUCGUUUUCAAAACACAAGGUUUUUUGAAGUUUGAAUUUUUUUUCAAGUUUUUUUCUCAUUCAAAUUCUAACUUCUAACACCUUGUAUCUCGAAAACGAAUCGUUUACGGUCGCUUGUUUAUGAUACUUUUUUUCUUAAAAUUACUCAAGGAAUCUCCUUCGUUUGAACCUUCAAUUCAGGAACAACCUGUAUAUAUCGAUCGUUAUCAGUUGAUAAAAAUAAAUAACCUUGUAAUUUCUUGGUUCCAAAAGUAUGAUUGCAUUUAGAUACUAGAAUAUUUCAAAUUAUGAAUAGGUACCUACUUAAUUACUAGGUUGACCGUGGACUUUUGUUUUUAUUUUGUAACAAGUGAUUUUUGUCAAAUAUAAUAUUUUUGUUUGGUUUAAACAUAAUAUAAUUACGUGAAUACUAUAUAAAUAUUGAACCGAAAUCAGCAUUGACAAAAUUUUGAAUGAUUGUUAUACAUUGUUAAAUAAGAAGUUCUCACACCGUGAUAUUCUAGUUCAACAGAGUUUUGUGCCAUCUCAUCGUCGUUUUCCUUCAUCUUGAAUUUCCAUUCUAUACAACUCGAUAUUUUUGUAAAUUUUCAUCUUGAACCUUAGCUUUUACUACUCUUGUAACCCUUUUAGAAUAACUUUUCUGUAAUUCAUCAUCGUUACUUGUAAAAGAAUUCUGAAAUCCAGUGGUAACUCAAUUCGAUGAAAAUUAAAAUAGAUGUUGAAGAACCUCUGUCGAUUUCAGUCCAGUUUUCUUUCACAAAAAAUGAGCGGAGGCCGCAAUUUUUUCCGUAAAGAGUAGAUCCACCUAGAAAACAAAAUAUCUCAAUUACUUCUUCAAAAAAUAAUUUCCGAAUUCCUGAUUUCAAUGAUAGGUAUAAUGAAAACUAUUGCAUGAUUAUGAAUAAGGUGCUGAAAAAUAUUUUCAAUGUAGAAGACCUUUUCUGAGCCCUUGUUUAGAUGAUCAGAUAUAUUAGAGACCAUAUUUCAAGGAAAGUGAGGAAUUAUCUCGAUUCUGAAUAUCUACAGAGUGUUCCAUCAUAAACUGGACAAACAUAUAUGGUCGGUAGGUGAUACCGGAAGAAUCAUCUUUGUCUUAUGACAUAUACCCCGUUUUCAACGCAUAUUCGAGAUACAGGGUGUUAAACGUCGUAUUCGAGCAAUAUUCUAAUCUAAUGAGUGUGGUCAGUUAUGUAUAAACCUCAAAGUAACGGUUUUUUGUCACAUCGGAGUAUUUUUGAGUGGUCAAUCCAGAAAAGAUGAAGAACUCCGAAAAAAAAUUUCAAAAUGGCGGAAAACCUUCAAUGUUCGUUAUUUUUUUUUCGGUUGCCAAAUUGAAUUUCAUUUUCUGAAUGGACACAUUUUUAGAACAUUUUCUGUGAAGAAAUAUUUUCAUAAAUCGUACUUUUUGUCCACAGCGAAAAAAAAAAAUUCACCCGAAAUAGUUGAAACUUUUACAUCCUUUUAUACCUAACAAGAAUAUGGAAACAGAAUCGAAAAAUAUCAAACCGUUUCCUUACUGCAUGCGUCCAAAUAUCUCGUAAUAGAAACCUCUAACAUUACCAAAAAAUAAAAACUGGUUGGGCUUUGAGGCCCAAAAUUUUUAAAUUGAGCUGUGGACAUGUGAAAACAAGUUGUGUUAAAAAAUCACGAACAUCGAAGGU